AUGCCGCCCCGCGCCCAGCGCCGCGCCGCCGCCGCCGCCGCCGCUCCGCUCCCCGCCUCCCGCCCCCCGGCCCCGGCCCCCGCCCCCCGCGCCUGCCUGCCGCCCGGCCGGGCCGCCUGGAGCUCGCCAUUGGGCCUCGCUCCUGGGGUCCCGCGCGGCGGCCGUGCUGAUUGGCCGCUGGGACUUCAUUCACGGCCCCCCUACUGUCCGCGUACACACUCACGCCCCCGGGGCGCGGCCGCCACGUGGGGAGUGGAGCGGGGGUGGCACUGGGACCGCACCCCCUCUCGUCCUGGUUGCGUGGGCCCCGCUUCUCCCAGCGCAGGAGACUCCGAGCCCGGCCGAUCCCGCAUUCCACGCGAGCUGAAUUCCCGCCUGCAUCCCGCCCGGGCGGCCAGAGGCGGCGGCGAGGAUUGCGGGCUCCGGGAGGCGCUCAGGCUCCGAGAAGCGGCUCAGCCCGGCGCUCCUUUUUCCGCAGAGCCGCUGCGGGCGGGCCGGGAUUCCCGCGGGUCCCGGCGGCUGCGAGCGGGAGGCGGCGCGCCUUCCCGACUCAGUUCCGGUGCGGCUGCUUCCCUCGCCAGCCUCGCCUCCCGCAGCUUCCAGCGUGUGCAGAGCGCUCCUCUGCGCGGCGGCCCGGCCCGUCUCGGCUUUCGCUCUUCUCCCUGUCUAGUCCAAGCGUCGCAACUCCGCCAACCUCUGUGGCCGCGAGAGCGCGUCCGGCCUGGGCAAAGUCGGGCCGACUGGGGCUUCACGCCUCGUGCGAGCGCCCCUUCUCCCGGGCGCCCUGGCCGAGGUCCAUUGGCCUUCUUGCUCUGGGUACCUCAAGAAAUGGCUGAAGCAUAUACACCAGUGGCUCCAGGAAACCAAAAUUAAAAGACUGUCCAAG